UGAUGAUGUAAGCAUCGUGCGACAGAGCUGCCCAGGCUCUUUUAACAGCGGCCGGCAGGUAGAGAUGGCUGCGCCCGCGGAACGGUGCCGCAGCGGUGCCGGAGGGUUUUCUGGGUGUCUGCGGACUGUGAAGCCUUGGUGGUGGCUCGCGUUGCUCCUGUUCUCCGUGUCUUCCCUGCCGGCGGCCAGCGCGCUGGUGGAGGGCCUUUACUGCGGCACCGAGGUCUGCUACGAUGUGCUCGGAGUCACCAGGGAGGCCGCCAAAGUGGAAAUCGCUCGAGCUUACCGGCAGCUGGCCCGCCGGUACCAUCCUGACCGGUUUAGGCCGGGAGAGCCCGGCUCGGAGGGAGAAACCCAUGAGUCCGCCCACAAAAAGUUCCUGCUCAUCGCGACCGCGUACGAGACGUUAAAGGAUGAAGACACUCGACGGGACUAUGACUACAUGCUUGACCAUCCUGAGGAGUACUACCAGCACUACUACACCUACUACCGCCGACAGCUCACCCCUAAAGUGGACGUCAGAAUCGUCAUCCUGGUCACCAUCUGUGCCAUCUCCAUCUUUCAGUACUACAGCUGGCACAGCAGCUACAACGAGGCCAUAAACUACCUGGUGACGGUCCCCAAGUACCGAAUCCAGGCCAUGGAGAUUGCCAAGCAGCAGGGCCUCCUCAACCGCACCAAGGAGAAGGGCAAGAACCGCCGCUCCAAAGACGAAAUUCGGGAGCAGGAGGAGGAGGUGAUCCGUGACAUCAUAAAAAACAAGAUCGACAUCAAAGGAGGCUACCAGAAGCCCAAAAUGUCAGACAUCCUGCUGUGCCAGAUCGUGCUCUUCCCCUACUACCUGACCAACUAUGUGACCUGGUACAUCUCCUGGAUUUACCGCUUCACCAUCUGCAGGGAGGAGUAUGGAGAGGAGGAGAAGUUUUACAUCAUCAGGAGAAACAUGAAGAUGUCUCCGUCUCAGUUUGACAGUCUGGAUGAAAACACCAGACAGUCCUUCCUGGAAAAACAGCUCUGGAUCAAAGAAAACUAUGAGGUGUACAGAAAAGAACAGGAGGAAGAGAUGAAGGUGAAGAUGGCAACCGACCCGAGGAUGAAGAGGUACCGCCGAUGGAUGAAGAAUGAGGGGCCGGGUCGGCUGACGUUUGUCGACGACUGACGGCCUAGAGCUCCGUCUGUAACAUACACACUUGCCUCAGUGCCAACAUACAUAGACAACACACCAUGCUGUGUGAAGAAAUACCUGUACAGAAAGAUUAACUAUACCUGUUUAUAUAGUGAGAGAUAUUUUCAUAGCAAUUAGGCCAAGUGGAAAAAACUGUGAGCUGGGGCUUCAGAUUUUGUAGUCAUUUUUUUCACAUCAUGCUAUUUUUGUUCAAACCAAAAACAAACUAAUGAUGUAAUUAUUAUCUGUAAUGUUUUUCUAGAAUUUUUUUGUUCUCUUCUGCUGGUAAAAGCAGAUGGGUAAAAAUUAGUUUUGGUGCCUGAGUUUUUGUGAAAUGAUUUUCUGUUGGAUAAUUGACAUCAUCCAGGUGCAAGGUGUUUAACAUCCCGCCUAGUAGCCAACAUUACUGUCAAAGUGUCUUUAGGCAAGGCAUCGGACUGCCACCUGCUCACUGUAUGCUACCCCAGAGAGGCAGCUAAAAGUCUGAAAUGUUAAAUUAGUGAAAAGAGUAUUAGCAUGUAUUGCUUUAUGAUGAAUAAACCAGAGCCAGAACGUAUUUUGUAAUAAAAGUGACAUUUGGUUGCAUUUCUUCCCCAAAGUCAGGCGAGAAGGAUAAGAGAUAUAAGAAACAGUUAGCCUAGCCCUAUCUAAAGUAAGAGUGUUAUCUUGUUUUUUGAACCGGUGUAGAAAUAGUAAUGUAUAAAGGAGACUUUUGGUGACUAGCUUGCUACAAGAAGGAAGUGGUAAAGAGAUGAAACCGAUAUCCAUGUUUUCAUCUGACUCUGGGGAAGUCGACAAACAGCAGGUUCCUUUUUUGAUGAGAAGAACAUGUAUGUUGUACAAACAAAGGGAAGUGCAAAUCGAGGGUGUUGAUAAACUUUUUGGUACUUCUGUCUUUUCUGAUCUUGGUUGUUAAGGCUUAUCAG